UUAGGCUAGGCAUGGAUUGGAUGUGGGGCAGACACGUUUGGUCCGUUUAAUGAAAUGCAACCUCCUUAUUCGUGGUAUGGGAACUUCGUUAGCAAUGGACACAACGACACAGCGAAGUUUUUAUAAUCAGUGGCAUUGGACAUCGUCUCACUAAUUCGUCGGUAGUAUGGGGGGUCUGAUUCAAGUUUAGCAUCUAGCAUAGCGGACUCAGAGUGUCAGGACAUCAUGGUUAGGUUAUCAUACAGUUAUUAAACAGCUGUAGGCCAACUAGUGUACUAACGUGUUGUCAUGAUCAGGCUGUAUUCGCACAUGUACAAGCUGUUUACAUUAACCAAAUUAAAACAACUACGGCAGAAUAGUCUGAUAGUGACAGUAUCCGGUUGUGGCUGGAAUCAGCUGGACACAUUUGCCAGCUAGUUGUUACACAGUUCAUACAAACAAACAUGGGAGUAGUUCUACUCCAGGAGAAGUCACACUCUUUCACAUAAACUCGGCAAAAUGGAAGCCUGUGCGAAGUUUCUUUCGAGAGGGGGGCUGCGUGGUGCGAGAGAGCUUAAGUUUUUAACUUUUGCAACAACUUACCUCCCGCUGCGAAUGGUGAGGGCUUCAAGAUCACCUUUCAGAUGUCCUAAAGUUCAUCAUUGCACGUUAGCGACGAGAAGUCAUGGGGGGCAUGCACAUUAUCAUUCAACGUUGUUGAAGAAAUCAGCCAUUAAGUCCAUUGUGUUAUGCCGCACCAAAGUGUCCGAGUCCCCACAAGCUUCGCUGUCCAGUGUCGCUCCAGUUUUUGUCGUGAUGAGGUUUGACAAAAGUGGAGCAGUCACCUCCUCAGAGAAGAAGAAAACGGAGCUCUACCAGGAGCUGGGUUUACAGGCCAGAGACUUGAGGUUCCAGCACGAAACAAGCAUCAACACACGCAACAAUAGCAUCAUUUUGCAGAUGGAGUCUUUGAAGGCCAUCGUGACGCCAGAGUGCCUGCUGGUGCUGGACUUCAGGGGCUUGGGGCUGGACAGGUGGCUGGUCCUGGAGCUGGGUCCUCAGCUGGCUGGAGACGGGGCUCUGGUCACCUACUCACUGCCCUUUGAGUUCAGAGCUCUGGAGGCCAUUCUGCAGUACAGGGUGAACACUCUGCAGGCCAGGCUGAAUGAGAUGCAGCCACAGAUCAUGGACGCUCUGGAAUCUCUGGUGGAUCCAAAAAUCUUGGCUGCAGACCGCAGUAAACUACACAUGCUGCUGCUCAACAGCAAGGGUCUUUCAGAGUUGGAGACGGACAUCAGAGUGUUUAAGGACAACCUGCUGAAGAUCCUCGACGAGGAGGAACUCAUCGAGGAGAUGUGUCUGACCAAAUGGACAGACCCACGGGUGUUUGAGGAGAGCAGCCUUGGCAUUGACCAUGCAGAAGAGAUGGAGCUGCUUCUGGAGAACUACUACAUGCAGGCUGAGGAGCUGGGCAACAAGACCAGAGAGCUCAAAGGCCUGAUCGACGACUCUGAGAGUGUCAUCUUCAUCAAUUUGGAUAGUCACCGGAAUGUGAUGAUGCGGCUCAACCUGCAGCUGACCAUGGGCACCUUCUCCCUCUCCCUCUUCGGCCUCAUCGGUGUGGCCUUUGGCAUGAACCUGCAGUCCGACCUGGAGGAGGACCCGCGAGUGUUCUGGCUGGUGACGGGCAUCAUGUUCCUGGGCAGUGGUCUCAUCUGGAGGCGCCUGCUCUCCUUCCUUGGACGCCACCUGGAGCCCUCCUCCCCGCCCCCUAUCCCCCCUGUCUGGAAAAAAGGCCACCUCGCUUCCUUAAGAGGAACAGAUGUCAAAGGAGGAGUCAGAUGAUGAUUAUGAAUAUGUGACGUCUGUGAUAGUGGUCAUGUCAUCAUCAUCGUGUUGAUGAAAUGAAGGAGGAAUAAAUCAUGCCGAAAUUUAAGUUGGUUGAGGACACAGAAACAAGAAACAAGAUGUCUUCUCCGUGUCAUAGGAGUUGAGAUGAUGUUCUUAUAUUUGAAAGGUAAACUGCGUAAUGUAGUUUUGUGGUUUUGAGGUUUUUGUUUAUAUAUUCAUCAAAUUGUGCACCCACACGUAACAAAAACCCUCUCACCUUGUCCAUAUCAUGUGGAAUGGGGUCUGAGCAGUCGAAAUGGCGUUGGACAAUACUGUUGAUAUGGCUAUCGUGGUAUUUGCGACUUGUGAAAGGACCUAACGUUGUCAGUGUAUUCGUACGCUUUCGGUUUAAUAUACAAUAACGGCACUUUAUUUUGUACUAAACCCACAGGUAUAAGAUGGUGUUUCAAUUGUGUAUAGCUGUUUUAUAAAUGGCUUAUAUCUAAUAGCUUGAAUGGUCAGUGACGAAAAAAGAAACUGUGAUUCGUAGAGUCCUUGUAAAUGUAUCACACAUUAAACGUUUUGAUUCCA